AACCAAAGUUCUCCUUUGUGGAUUCUACAUCCAGAUUGUGAUUUGUCCUUUCUCCUUACAGAGAGAGGAGAUAACUCCGGAGCCAUUAUCACCGCUGUGGUCCUGACAAUCCUGUGUACAUUAUUUCUGGGUUUGUUGGCUUUCCUCUGCUUCAGAUUUGUAAAGAAAGAUCCUCCCACUCUCUCUGAGAUCACCGGAAACAAUGAGCUGAUUGACAUGAACAGGACGACUCUGACUUGUCAGAUUAUGGACUUCAAACCCAACGACAUAGAAAUCUUUGUGUGUAUGAGGAGAUCUGAGGAGCAGGAGAUGAGGACCAUCUACACCUGGAAGUCUGGAGGUCACCCCGCUCAGGUCAGGGUAAGCAGAGAUGAUGGUGGAGAGGAUGAAGAUGUGAUAGAUAUGGAGGAAGGGAAACAACUGAUGAACGGCUCU